CAAGAGCCGAAAAACGUGGACGCGUAGUUUCCUCCGACAGCUCGACCACAAAAGGUCCCAUGCCCACCGAUCGACCUUCUCCAGACGAUGGCUUCCACGCCGUACCCAUUCACAGUGGCUCGGAGCAGCACAUCCACAUCCACGGCAACACGGAUCACCAGCGGGAGCUGAUCCUUCGGAACUCGCAGACAAGUCCGUGCUGCAACAGGGAUCUGCGAAACCAGCCGCAAGCAAAUGCAGUGCUAGCUGCUGCUCUGAUAUUUUUGACUGGUGGAAUUCACAUUGCUUGGAGCAUUGGUUUCGACAGUUUGUUUGCCGAACUGCAAGCCACUAAACAUGUGAGGAUUUGCUGGUUUAUAGCUGCCAUUUUUGGAGCCCUGUUUGGUGGACUCUUCAGUAGGGUGUUCCCUUAUAAAGUACUGAUGGAAUUCUGUUCUUUCCUCACUCUCACUGGCGGAAUAGUGAUGGCGGUGAACAGAAUGGAUCUCGAUGCCCUGCUGGCGGGCAGAUAUUUGAAUGGUUUCGCCAAUGGCCUGGCCAUUGCACCCACCUUGGCCAUGGCCGGCGAAAUCUCGGUUUUCUACAAGAGGGGCACCAUCACGUCGGCCACGGAGCAGUGGGCCACCACGAUUGGAAUCUUUGUGCAGAUUGUUUGCAGUGCGAGCUGGGACAUGCAGGACGACUUCACGGUGGAGCAGUUCACGGGAGUGGUGAGUGCAGUUUUGGGCACCAUAGCCCUGCUGCUGGCCUUCAUGCUCUCGGUUGAAUCUCCGGUGGAUCUGCUGGAGCAAGGCGAUGAACCGGGCGCCAUCGAGGCGCUGAGCCGGCUGCAAAGACCCAAGGCUGUGACGUCCGAGACCUACGAUCAGGUGAGGGACCAUCGCACCUACCUGGAACACCACAGUUCCAUCGGCUGGCGGAAGGCCAUGCCCGCCCUCAUUCGACUCUCCGUACUGAGGACUUUGUAUGCGACCAGCUUAAGCAUGGUGGUGGUCUACACCUUGGCCUGGACGAGUGUGGCUGUGUACGGCGACAGUUCGGGACCCCUGGUGCUGUUCGGAAUCCUGCGACUCACGGGCACCUUCUCGAGCGCCUUUGCCCUGGACUCGCUGGGCAGGAAGAUCCCCCUGCUCCUUGGACUCGUUAUUGCCGGUGGCCUGUCCUUUGGCCUGGCCAGCAGAUUUGCUGGCAGUGGGCUGCUGGGAUUCUCGGACUACCGCAUGGCCCUGUGGCUGCUGAUCAUCUUCCAACUGUUCGCAGGCAUCGCCUUUGCCCCCAGCUCGGCGUUUCUCUCGGAGGCCUUUCCCCGUCGAUUCAAGCGGCAGUGCAUCGCCAUUGCCUACAUAGUGGAGAUGAUCGUCCAGCUGUCCGUUUGCCAAGUGGAGUUAAGCUAUGACAGCAGCAUUGUGGCAGUCUAUUUCUUCGCCCUUGGCGGCCUACUACUGGCCGGAUUCCUCUUCAGCGUAUGGUAUAUGCCGGAAACGAAGGACACCACGCUCCUGCAAGCGCAGUUCAAGUUCCAGGAAUUUGUGAUACCCCCAGCCUGAAAGUAGGCAUCUCGAAAACAAGACUAGCCAACCCCUAGAUCCGUAGAUAUAGCUAGAAAAUAAAUCUGAAAUUUAUUUGGGAAA